AUGAGCAGUUUUUGGCAAUUCCAGGUGCCUGCCUUGCCCGAAUAUCUGGACAAAUUGGGGAAUGUUUCGGUAGCGGUCGACAAUCUAUCAGUUCGUUUUGAUGAUUUGAUACUGCUACCGAAAUUACUCAAAGUAUUCCGUGAGCUGUAUCAAGAGGAAUUAUUCGAAGUGCAACUACGUAUGGAACAGCGAAUAUUAAGGGAACAGUUGGACGAGAAACAAAAACAGGCGGUGAGCAAAGACGUUCAACCAGUGAAAGUAGAGGAGACAUCCAAACUGACUCGAAAACGGAAAUCAUCUGAAGUGAUCUGA